UGUUCAGUUGAAAUUCGCGCGCCACUAUGAGAAGUCGAAAAACUUUAACGGUAUUCUGCUGAAAGGUGUACUAUCCUAACUAUAUUUCUAUACUGUUAAUUUAUGGCUUUUUAAUAUUUGUGUGUUCCACAAGUGAAAGGAAAAUAGAGGAAGUGAAGUGAAUGAAAAGAGUUAACCAUGGAGAUGAAAAUAUCUGUUAUGUUAAAGUUCUUGUUUAUAUGUUUGUCGUUCCCCUUGGUGCAGAUUUUGACGGUUGUUAGCGCUCGAGAUGCACCGCCGAUACAUAUCCCCGGUCAGGGAAUGGUUAUGGGGACGUACUUAAAAAUGUAUCGAACUCAGAAUAUCAAAGCGUAUUUGGGAAUUCAAUAUGCUUUCGCGCCGCGGUUUGCACCUCCGGUCGUUGAUGGAUUGGAGUGGAAAGGCGUCAAGAAUGCCACCACUUUUCCACCGGAUUGCUGGCAGAAUCCCAAGCGACCCAUAAAACGCCACAGUGAAAUCUUUCAGAACCUCAUUAAGGCAUCACAUUCGAUGGAGGAGACCAAAGGAUACGAUGAAGAAUGCCUGUUUGUGAAUAUCUUUAUACCUGAUGGUCUUCCACCAAUGCAAGGAUAUGCUGUCAUUGCUUGGCUUCAUUCUGGUGAUUUUUCCUACGGCAGUGCCACCGACCUUGAUCCAUUCCAGAUGGUAUUCAAACAAAAAGUCAUAGUAGUCACAAUAGCUUAUCGAUUAAAUAUUUUUGGAUUUCUUACCACGCAAGAUGGAGAGGCACCUGGAAAUUUUGGCCUAAUGGAUCAGGCAGCCGCCCUCUAUUGGAUUCGUCAAAAUAUCAAACUCUUUGGCGGGAAUGAAAAUGAAAUAACAUUAAUGGGUCAUGCGGCAGGUUCAAUCAGUGUGGGUUUACAUUUGACGUCUGGGGAAUGGUCGCAGGGAGUAUUCAAUAAAGCCAUAAUGAUGUCUGGCAGCCCGUUAGCUGAUUCCGAAAUUCGAUUGCCAGCUGAUUAUAGUGUAGCUCUGGAUUCGGUGGCAAAUACCUUUGGUUGUUUUCGUCGACCAACUUCGAAGCUAAUGGAAUGUUUGCGACGAAUUGAUGCAAAGAUUUUAUCAGAAAAUCUGCCAUUUAUUGAAUGGGGCCCAAUCGUUGAUGAGGGUCUAAGUAACACUUCGGUGCCGUUUGUGCCGGACUUCCCAAAAACUCUCAUUGCAAAGGGUAUGGUUCGAAAGGUGCCACUCCUCACGGGGUACACCGACAUGGAGGAAGUACUUGAUUUGGUUGUAGGUGAAAUGAUGGACACCUCGAUUACCAACGAAGUCUAUGAAACAAUGCUCAAUGACAUUAUUUUGACAGAUCUGAGUCAGUUUGAUGACAACGACACCUGGUGUGGGAAUGUGCAAAUUGUGUUGGAUGCCGUCAAGUAUGUGUACAAGCCGUACCCGCCAAUGAAAAAUGGCGCAAAGCUCAGAAAGCUUUUUGUGAAUUUCCAUACCGACAGGAAAUACAUUGCCCCAACCAUGCUUCUAGCCAAUAUGCUAAGCGAGAACAAUCAAACCUAUGUGUAUAGAUUCGAUCUAAAGCCUCGAACUGUCAUGGCCAAUAAAGACAUCUCCGAUUGGGUGGGUGUACCACAGAAUUUCGAUCUUAUCUUCGUCUGGGGUAUUCCAUAUUGGACGAAUCCCGAUAUGAUAAAUCAAUGGGACAGCACGGAUAAGAGGAUCUCCGACAUCGUGAUGACAUUGUGGGCAAACUUUGCUAAGAGUUCCAAUCCCACAGCAACUGGGGUCUACAUCAAAUGGGACUGGUUCACAGAUGAGGAACAAAAGAUUCUAGUUAUUGAUAGGGCUUUCAACAUGACCGAUGAUAUGAACUUGCAGGCGAUAAAAUUUUGGAAUGACUACUACCCCAAAGUUGUUUACCAUGCUAUAAAUUGCUGCAACGCAACUGAUACUGGGACAAGUCUUUUGCAGCUCCACACCUCUGGACUAUUUUCAAGAUCUCUGCUAUGGCUGAAUUUGUUGACUUUAUGGGUGAAUGCUUAUUGUGUGAUGGGAACGUAGUUUGUAACGAUAACGAGACUCUGAAUAAUGUUUAGGCGGCCAUAGUUAAAUUUUUUGUUUAGAAUUCCUAAAAAAAGGAGGAAUCAUAUAGUUUACAUAUAAAUAUAAUGAACUAGUGAAAAUCUAUUGUAAAAAAGAAGACAAAAAUAUGAAGUUUCAAAGGUUUCAAAUAAAGGAAAGGAAGUUUAGGAUGGAUUUGUAAAUAUAUAUGUAUUCGACUACUAAAAGUAACUUCCUUUCCAUUUAUAUACAAUUUAAUCUAACUAUAAGCUAUUAACAUAAUUAAUAAUAUGUAUAUGCCUUAAGAUUGGUCUGUACGCAAGAAGUGAUUCCAAAACAAAUAUUACUCGCUUCGCCACACUCAUCACAAAAACGAGGAAAAUAAAUAUAAAACAAAAAUAUUUAAAAUCAGUGUUUUAAUUUGAUUUAAGCCUAACUGGGACAAAAA